GCAUUGUUUUAACUUCAUAGGCAGUGAAAUUCUUGAUAAAUAUCUACAACAACCAACCAUCAGCCUCACCUUUGGAUACUAGCUGGCCUAACUGCUUGAAAAUGUUCACUGAUGCUUCUGAUCUACUGUACAAAGUUCACCAUGCAUGGAGGUGCCAUCAAUACCGAGAGAAAAUUGACCCUGAGAGGAAAAGAAUCUUGAGUGAAAAGUCACAAGCAAGAGACAUAUUUGGCGGAAAGAAAGAGACCUAUGCUGAAAGUGUACCCAUUCCGUUUGAAGGAGAUCAUCUAAAGAUCAGUGAUAGUGCUGCUUGGGCCAAGCAGAAAACGAAGCUGAGUAAUGACUUGAAGGUUGUUUUCACCGACAAUAUAUUAAAAACACACCGGAAAAAUGGAAAGGAGGUGCCAAAGACAUUACUACUGAGCUGCUGUGAGCUAUUGAUCUUGGAACCGAAAUCAUUGCAGCCAGUCUACACUGUUGGCUUGACAGAUAUUGUGAAAGUAACGACUACUCCACUUGCUGAUGGCUUUGUAAUAAUUCACGUCAAACAGGGCCAAGAUGUGAAAUCGUUGAAGAAGGGGGACUUUAUGCUUCGAUGCGAUCAUGUGAUUGAGUUAGUCGCCAAAACAGCACUUGCCUACAAAAAGCAAUUUAAAAGAGAACUGAAGGUUGACAUUGCAGAAAGUUUCAGUGUAAGCUUCAAUGGAAGGCCAGUGACAGCAGAGUUGAUAAACGGGAAGCUAUCUGUCAAGAAACAUUAGAAUCAGAACAAAACACAAUGUAGCCACAGAAAAGACGUAUAUAUUAUCCAGAAGAAUUAAGCAUACAAUAGAGAAACGAUAAUUGUAGAGUAGAUGCGGAUUUUCAUACAUUUACACAUACGCAUAGUUCAGAUGGAUCAUAAUUGACAUGUUGAGCAAGAAAAGUUGUUUGGAAUACGGAGAUAUCUUCCAAGGCACUAGAUUUUAAAAUAAUUUCUGUAUCAAAACCAGGUUUUAAUUCAAUUAAACGAACGCUAAUUUAAAGAUAUGUGGUAGAUUUUCUAUCGUCACUACAGUCUUCGAAACUUUUAGUAUAUAUCGCCUUAAAUUUGAACGAAAUGGUAACUGAGGUGCCGACUGACCACUGGUCGAAUGGCUCUCCAAUACAUCUCGCAAGUAUUUCAUGAAUACCAUUUUCCUUUGAGUGCGUGUCGUUGUUCCCUCCCUACAAGCUAAAGUAUACAAAUCAAUUUAUGAUCCCGUUUUCUUUUAUCAAUCAAAUUUCAGUUUUACACUAGCUGAACGUAAUGCGCACUAAAACUUGCAAAGAAUGACCCGCUUGACCAUGUUAAGGCUCGCGUACCCUGGUUUAUUAUUUACUUUCAGAGUUUUGGAAAGAUUUCAUUCAUUUCAAAUAUUUUGUAAGAUUGCUAUGAAUUUCUUUGUUUUUCGUUUUAUUUUCUGUUAGAAUCUUUUUAGCGUUCUUUUAUUGUUAGAGAAUUCGAUAUAUUUUUGUUAAGAUUGCGGUAUGUAUUUAAAUCGUUUUAACCAAUUUGAUGAAGUUCUCAGAUCAGUAUGUCUUUGUAAUAGAUAUAAAAUUAUCAAUGUCAAAUUUCUGUUGGUUUACAGACUUA